AUGUUUUUAGAUCGUUCGAUUAGGAGUGCAGAAACAAUUACAGAUACAUCCUAUAUGCAGAUGGAAUCUAAUGACGCCAUCUCCCAGAAAAUAUGGAAUGGUGCAAUCCCUGUUUCCUUUUGUGUUUUUCCUAGCGAAAUACCCCAUGAAAUUCCUUCACCCCCUCCUCCCUUUCUUAUGUUAGUCCCGCGGGUCACAUACUUCCCACUUGUAUUGGAAAAGGUAAUCUUACAGUUCCGCACCUACCUCCAGUCGAAAUUUCCACUAUCUCACACUCACUCUCCCUCUGACCUCACUGACGACAGUUCACCCGCGCAAUCUACUGAGGAAUCGCAUUCUGUUAAAAAGGAUCUUACCUACUGGCUGGUCUACGACGGCGUUCCUUUGAAAUGGCAAGUCGGUCUCGGUUAUGGAACAGUGGCGUAUCCUAACAUCGGUGAAUGGUAUGUUAGUGAACUUACCAAAGUAAACUUUUCCAGGCACUAUCCUGUUGGGCUGCUUUUCGAUCUCUAUGGCUCACCGGAUAAACUACCUUGGGAGAUCACUGUGCGCUUUGGGGAUUAUCCAACAAACACUCUCCUUGCACCUCCGGUUUCCCGCUCCGCUGUUGAGGCAAUUUUCCUGGCCACCCUGAAGGAGGCAGACCAGCUGAAGCACCGAGGUCGCGAGGGUCCUGGACCGAUCUUCAAUGAAUUACUCCCAGAAGAUCAGCACCGACUGUGGAACGGUCUCCUGCAGCACCGCUUCGAUCUCUUCUGGUCCAUCAAUAAGCGCUUCAUGCAGGGCGCUCCCGCACCCGCCAGGUCACUGGCUCCACCCGACCCCACUGAGAACGACAUCGAGGAUGGGCAAACCACGCGCAUUUUCGGUGAGGAUGCAGCAGCUCUAAUGGUCACAACCGGUGCAAUGAAAGCAUUUCGACACUGCCCCUUCCGUGUAUACUUUUCCCCCCACGCCUUCGAGACUUCUCCCCCCACUACAACCUACCUCCAGACCCUCGUGUCCCCCUUCAGUGGGGUGGACGGGACUCCUGCCACCUUCGCUGACGUGAUUGCCACCCUCCUCAAGUGCAGCCACGUUCAACUUCAUGCUGAAGAUUUCAUAUUUCUGGUGCAUGGAGUGGAGGUGCCGCCAGAGACGCCAGCUCAGUGGAUGUGUGAGUGGAUGGCCUAUCCGGACAACUUCAUACAUGUGGUGGCGUGCAAACGCAAAAAAUAA